AACACUCCUCCAUCCCAAAACCCUAGCUAAUAAGUACAGUACCACCACCACCACCACCACCACCACCUCCUCAUACUAAGCCAUGGCAACCAAGUCCACGGCCUCCGCCGCCGCCCUCUUCCUCGCCCUCACCCUUGCCUUCUUCGCGGCCGCCACCGCAUGCGGCUGCGGCUGCAGCUCGUGCCCGAGCCCAACGCCGAAGCCACCGAAGCCGCCGAGCCCGACUCCGAAGCCACCGAGCCCUCCAGGGGGCGGCGGCAAGUGCCCCAUCGACGCGCUGAAGCUCGGCGUGUGCGCCAACGUGCUCAACGGCCUGAUCAACAUCGAGCUCGGCCAGCCGCCGAAGAAGCCCUGCUGCACCCUCAUCCAGGGCCUCGCCGACCUCGAGGCCGCCAUCUGCCUCUGCACGGCUCUUAAAGCAAACAUUCUGGGGAUCAACCUCAACGUCCCUAUCGAUCUCAGCUUGCUCAUCAACUACUGCGGCAAAACGGUCCCCGACGGGUUCCAGUGCCCUUAAAAGAAUGAAAAAAUGCAUAUUAUAUAUCAGAUGCGUCUUACUCAGACACACUCUUAACCACUAUCAAACAACACAGUAAGACACAUCUGAUAGAAUUUGUUGAAGCAAGAAAAGAUAUAUUCUACCAUGCAAAUAUAUUUACAUAUAUAACUAUGGUUUCUAGAACGUACUAGAUAAAUAAAGUACGUGUGCCGUACGUGGGGACUGUGUUCCAUAUUAUGUGCAUGGUCUCGUUGUAUGCAUGGUGUUAUUACGUACGUUCCAUAACGUUGUAACACGCGUUUAUGGAUUGUCUCCUCUUUUAGUUACAAGUAACUGUUCUUGUUUUGAAAGUGAUGCGACGUUUUUAUAUGUAGUACGUGUGAAAUUUGUACCUAAGAUAUGCUUUGCAAGUAUUUGCAUUGUAUAAAUAAAGAUAUUUCUUUCUUAAUUA